UAGCCGGAUCGAUCUCUCGUUUGGGAUUUAAAACAUUUUAAUUGGUAUUGGGAACGGGCGCUAUUAGGGUUUUUCAGGCGACAGUCGGACAGAAAACAGAGGAAAAACCACUCGGGCAGGGAGAAGCAGCUAUGAGCAGGAGCUUGGGGAUACCAGUAAAGCUUCUGCACGAAGCAGCAGGGCAUGUAGUGACCGUGGAACUAAAGAGCGGGGAGCUUUACAGAGGCACCAUGAUUGAAUGCGAAGACAACUGGAACUGCCAACUAGAAAAUAUCACCUUUACUGCGAAAGAUGGGAAGGUCUCACAGCUCGAGCAUGUUUUCGUCCGAGGUAGCAAAGUCAGGUUUAUGGUCAUACCAGAUAUGCUAAAGAAUGCUCCAAUGUUCAAGCGUCUGGAUGCUAAAAUCAAGGGUAAAGGCUCAUCCCUUGGAGUUGGCCGUGGUCGUGCUGUUGCAAUGCGGGCUAGAGCUCAAGCUGCUGGUCGUGGUGCUGCACCUGGUAGGGGUGUUGUGCCACCUGUACGUAGGUAAUCUAUCCCGUGAAAGGAUUUCUUGCCAAUUAAUUUUAGUGGGAUUUCUCUCACAAAGGGCUUGGGAUGUUCUUGCAAUGAUUUUUCUUGUAAACUCUUAAGAAAAAAAAAGGUGGUGUAAGUAAAUGGUUUCUUCUUAGUUAAUGUUAGAUUUCCAUUUCUCAAUUUCUAGACUGUCUAAUUUUGUGCCGAUGAUUUUUGUUUUGUUCAUGUACCAUUAAUAUGCAUAGGCCAUAGACUGAGCUGGUUCUCCCAGAUGUCCGCCCUUCUGUGCUUAAGUGCUUGGUUACUAGCAUAUUUGUUAUUGCCUGGAUGUCUGGGGGGUUUACUGUUUUUUGUCAUUUUGGUUUUUAUAUGUCCGCAUUCUCAACAGAACAAGCUAGGCUUCAUGGUUAUCUCAAUAGUUUUUUUUUAUUUUUUCCCCAUUUCUUUAAAGAAAUGGUUGAUAACAAUUGGACAGAGAACCUCUUAAGACAAACUGGAUGAAAUGUUCAAGGUCAAAAGGUUGGCAUGUGGUUCA